AUGGGCUUCACCGACCUCGUUUCCGAUGCGGGCUUGACCCUCCUCAACAGCUAUGUGAGGACGCGCUCCUACAUUGUUGGCUACUCCCCAUCGCAGGCCGAUGUCAAGGUCUUCCAGCAAAUCAAGGAGAUUCCUGCCCCCGAGAAGUACCCAUACGCAUGGCGCUGGUACAACCACAUCCUCACCUUCCAGGGUGAGUUCGACUCGCUCCCUGGCGACCCAACCAAGGAGUUCACUGCCUACGGCCCCGAGUCUUCAGAGCUGCCCCUGAACCCCGCCAAGGCCCCUGAGAAGGAGGCUGAGGAUGACGAGGACAUCGACUUGUUCGGCAGUGACGACGAGGAGGAGGAUGCCGAGGCCGCCAGGAUCAAGGAGGAACGUCUGGCCGAGUACAACAAGAAGAAGGCCGGCAAGACCAAGCCUGCUGCCAAGUCCAUUGUCACCCUUGACGUUAAGCCAUGGGAUGACGAGACAAACAUGGACGAGCUCAAGGCCAACGUUCUCUCCAUUGAGAAGGACGGUCUUGUCUGGGGUGCCUCCAAGUUGGUUGCUGUCGGUUUCGGUAUCAAGAAGCUCCAGAUCAACUUGGUCGUCGAGGACGAGAAGGUCUCGCUAGACGAGCUCCAGCAACAGAUUGAGGAGUUUGAGGACCACGUUCAGUCCACCGACAUUGUUGCCAUGCAGAAGUUGUAG